AUGGCCGAAGUAAAAGCGUCUAAUCGAAGAGUUUUAAGAAGUAAAAACCUUCAAGAAUCUUCUAUUGCAAUUGAUUCUGAAGCAGUAGAAACUGUAGUAAGUGAAGCAGAUAAAAUUGCAGCAAGGUUAGCUGCUAGGGUUAAAACUACAAAAACUCCAAAACGACAGAAAAAAAAUAAAAAGAAAAAUCCUGUUCCGGAACAAGUUAAUAAUGAAAAAAUCUCAGAAACACACGAUAAACCAGAUGAUUCCAAUGAUAUCACUGAUGAAGCUGCACUUGCAACUUUUGACAAUACUUCUUCAAGUACAACUGUUUCACGAUCAAUAGAUACCGAUUCAUUUACAGUAUUUAACCAACAGAUUAUUAGUGGUGUAAAACGGGUAUUAGAGCAAAACAAGGAAAUAUAUAAAGCAAUUCAUGAAAAUAAAGCUGCGCAAGAAUCAUUCCGAAAAGAAAUUUGUGAAAAAAUAGGAAAUCUUUCAGAAAAAAUUGAGCAAUUAAUUACUCCUGAUGAUUCUUAUUGGAAGAAUUUGGCAUCAAGAAUAUGUAAAACACAACUUCCUCUUCUUGGCCUUCAUCCUGAUGAAUUAGAAUUCAAAAAAUGUUUUGAAGUAAUUCUUGAGCAAGAGAAACCGGGAUAUAUUAAACAGCAUGGAUCUCAAUGGGUCCAUUUUUAUACAGGACGUAUUGGUCCUUUGUGCCGUGAAGUAAUCAAAAGUCACCGGUGUGACAAGACAAAAGAUGUCCGGGCUGCAAUGUUUGAUAUAUUUGGUGAACAGAAUUUAUCCCGUAUCAAUACUUCUGCAAAAGCCGAUGAUAUCCAAGCAUUUAAAAACUCCAAUAAAAUAAAAGAAGCAUUCAAAUGCUUAUUUGAGACGGAUGAUGACAAUAUUCUUCCAUAUAUUGAAGCGAUCAAGAAAAAAGCAUGGAAAAAAAAAGAUUGUAUUUGUAAUUCGGCAGAAAUAACUGCAGAUACAACCAAACCAAUUAGACAAGUAGAAUUCGGUAAAGAUUAUGUUAGUUCUGAAGAUUCAGAUUCUCUCAGUGAUUCUUUUGAAGAAGAUUUAGAUAAUAGGUUAAAAGAACAUCAAAAGAGAUAUUACGAGAACGAUAGUGAUACUGAAAAUCAAAGUCAAAAACAUCAACAGAUGGAUAAUGAUGUUCCUUUUACUCUUUCUGUCAAUCAAAAAGAAUAA